AUGACAAGCUCCACCAGCCCUACCCUCUCUUCACCCAAUUCUGGCUCCUCAUCUCUCUCGCCAACCGCCAAACAUUCAUUCCAUCCGGCUCUCGCCGUAUCCAACAUCAAGAACCAUAUCUCGAUCGUUCUUGAAAUGGACAAAGAUCUAUAUGGAACAUGGGCUGAACUUUUCAAAAUUCAUGCUCGAUCUCAUAAGGUCAUUCAUCAUAUCAUUCCACCGGAAAACGGCAACAAGAAGCCUGAAACCGAUGAGGAAAAAGAAACGUGGUUGACUCUUGAUGCCACUGUUCUUCAGUGGAUUUACUCCACUAUUUCAACCGACCUUCUCACCACCAUUCUGGAACCCGACUCUACCGCUAAGAAGGCAUGGGAUAGGCUACGAAACAUCUUCCAAGACAACCAGAACUCUCGUGCGAUUGCACUUGAACAAGAAUUUUCUAUCACCCGAUUGGAAGACUUUCCAAAUGUUUCAGCCUAUUGUCAACGACUGAAAAUGCUUUCAGAUCAAUUAAAAAAUGUAGGUGCACCUGUUUCCGAACACCGAAUUGUCCUUCAAAUGGUGUCUGGCCUCACUGAUGCAUACCGAGGCGUAGGAACAGUCAUUCGACAAAGCCGUCAGCUUCCUGAUUUCUACCAAGCCCGCUCUAUGCUCAUUUUGGAAGAGACCGGCUUGAUCAAAAUGACAGCAACAGGAUCGAAUUCUGCCAUGAUUGCAGCACCAUCCAACGGUGUUGAUGAGAACUCAUCGUACUCCCAACAAUUUUUCCCAAAAUCGCGGCGAAAAGAAAGGGGGCAAUCGCGGUAACAACAACAACAACAAAAACCGAAACAACAGUUCUGGCGGAAGACGCGGCGGUGGACGCGAUGGCGGACGCGGCAGUGGUGGUCGUGGAAACGGUGGCCGCCGGUACGGUGGUCAGCAGCACCAGUUCGGUGGUGGACAUGGAUAUCAAUAUCCUUCACCUUGGCAACAAAAUAAUACGUAUGGUUGGGGGUGGAUGCCACAACCUUGGGCUAUCCCUCCUUGCCCAUAUCCAUCUUCAAAUUGGGCUCAACCAAAUGGGCCAUCAAAACAGCCAGGAAUUUUAGGACAACGUCCACAAGCUUAUGCUACCAGCACCCCCUCCUAUGCACCUACAGACAUAGAAAUAGCAAUGCAUACUAUGUCAUUGAACGUUCCUGACAACAAUUGGUAUAUGGACACUGGAGCAACGUCUCACAUGACGGCAUCUCAAGGAUUUUCAGACAGGAAUGCCACUAAUGAGAUGUGAUAGCACCGGGGAUCUCUAUCCUAUCACAAAUAAUAUUUCUCAAGCCACCCAUCCAUCCAGUUUUGCAGCUAUUACUCCAAGUUUAUGGCACAAUAGAUUGGGACACCCAGGCCCAUCUAUUUUACAUUAUCUUAGCAAGAAUAAAUUUAUUUGCUGUAAACAUUUAUCCUCUUCUAUUGUUUGCAAGUCUUGUAUUU